GCAAAGUCGUGUGAAAUUCAGAAAGUCCCCACGAAUUUUACGCGAAGAAGAAGAGUGUGAGAAAUAGAAAAAUCGUUGGACGCUCUGGUAUCUCUCCCAUGUGCUUGCUGCCUUCCGUGUCCUGAGAUACUGAUAGAAAGAUUAGUUUUUGCUGGGAUUUCGUUUUGAGAAUCGAUGGCUGCACCACCGGUGAGAGCUCGAGCAGAUUACGAUUACCUCAUUAAGCUUCUUUUGAUUGGCGAUAGCGGUGUGGGGAAAAGUUGUCUGCUUCUGCGAUUCUCUGAUGGGUCUUUUACAACCAGUUUUAUUACAACCAUUGGUAUUGAUUUUAAGAUAAGAACCAUUGAACUUGAUGGCAAAAGAAUUAAAUUGCAAAUUUGGGAUACAGCUGGUCAGGAGCGUUUUCGAACUAUAACAACAGGUUUGUGGUUGGGCUGGUGGAAGUUGGUUAUCCUUUUUGUCUUUUCCUUUUUUCUUCUUUUCAGAGAGAUGUAGAUAGAUGGCUUCAAUGUUAGUUUCUGGGAGAUGUUAAAGGUCAGAUAGAGCAUUGCUUCCAUGUUAUUUUGGGAUGUAAAAUAAAUCCUGAGAUAAGCGAAUAUAUGUGGUGGAGGAAAUGUACUUCUGAGACAUGAAGAAGAAUGUCUGUUUGUGAUAUGUGAAAAAAUUGACUACAAUUGUCAAACAGUUUUAGAAACUUUGGUAUUUAGGACUCAGAAUGAUUUUGUUAGGUUGAAAUCUUAUUAACAGUUCUAAUAAAUCACAUGGAUGAGCUGUCUCCUAGACUUCUGAAUAUGAGAUCUAGACUGUUUUCUGGUUGCUAGUGUAGGUAAUUCAGUCUUAUGAAAUAUCUUUCUAUUUUAAUUUUAAAUUUAAUCCCUGACUUUGCCAAUGCAUUUAUGCUACACUGCAGCUUAUUAUCGUGGAGCCAUGGGGAUCUUGCUAGUCUAUGAUGUCACUGAUGAGUCAUCUUUCAAUAAUAUUAGGAACUGGAUUCGCAAUAUUGAACAGCAUGCUUCUGAUAAUGUGAACAAGAUACUAGUGGGGAACAAGGCUGACAUGGAUGAAAGCAAAAGGGCUGUGCCCACUUCAAAGGGUCAAGCUCUUGCCGAUGAGUAUGGUAUCAAGUUCUUUGAAACUAGUGCAAAGACAAAUAUGAAUGUCGAAGAGGUUUUCUUUUCAAUAGCCAGGGACAUUAAGCAAAGGCUUGCUGAAUCUGAUAAUAAAGUUGAGUCCCAAGCAAUCAACCUUAAUCAAUCGGGUCAGGCAGCAACUGGUAGUGAAGCAGCCCAGAAGUCAGCUUGCUGUGGCUCGUAAAGGGAAUCAAAGUAUGCAGACUGGGGUGGAACCUCCAACCUUCUGCAGUUAGUCAGUUAUAAAACUGAUCAAAGGGACACUGGUGUUCUCAUGUAUUUAUAGCUGUGUUUUAUAUUUCAACUACUGGGCUGAUUCUGUCAAGGACAUUCCUUUCAUUGCUUAAUUUGUCGAAUUUAAGACACAUUUAUCCCUACUCGAACUUAGUUAACUCUAAGCAUGUACUUAGGAUAUAUUUAUGUAGAUGGAGGUAAAAGGACUAUACAAUAUAAAUCACAAUGUAGGAUUAGUUUUUUAUGGUUGUAUUAAGAAGGUGAGUAUGCAUUGGCGCCUCUCUUCUUUCCCAGUGUUUGAUCUAGAGAGGUAACUCCCUCUUUUCCUUUAGUGAAAGUAGAAAGAAAAUGUAGAAAGAAAAUUAAGAUGUUUUG